UUGUAAUUAUUAAAACUAUAAACAACAACAAUCCGAUUAAAAGCCCGGCUCGUUACGCAUGUGUUCGGUGCAAGAUGAGAAACGUCGCGAAGGCAAGUUUGACAUGACACCGAAUCCAGUUUUUCUCCCAGCAGCUCAUUAUUGAAAGUUCCAGUUAGCACGUCGUUCAUCCGCACAGUGUGUGUAUGUUCUGGACUGACUGACGCUGUGCGCUGGCAGCUCGUCAGGCAGGCGGUCGGUCGACGGCAACGGCGAGCCGCUCCUGAAGCGAAAGAAAGCAGCUGGCGCUGAAAGUGAAAGGACGGAUCCGCGCGCGUGGAGAGCAGCGAGCAGACGGCAGACAGCCCCCGUACCGACGGACCACACAGGGAAAAAGGGCCCCGGGUCUAGCUUCGAGACGCAGCCAUGGCUAACAUCGCGGUUCAGAGGAUCAAGCGGGAGUUCAAAGAAGUUCUUAAGAGCGAAGAGACAAGUAGGAACCAGAUUAAAGUAGAUCUGGUCGAUGAGAACUUCACAGAGCUGAGGGGGGAGAUAGCAGGUCCUCCAGACACACCAUACGAAGGCGGCAGGUAUCAGCUUGAAAUAAAAAUCCCAGAAACAUAUCCUUUUAACCCACCGAAGGUGCGUUUCAUCACUAAGAUCUGGCACCCUAACAUCAGUUCUGUGACAGGAGCAAUAUGUCUGGAUAUUUUAAAAGACCAGUGGGCAGCUGCUAUGACCCUGCGGACGGUGUUGUUGUCUUUACAGGCUCUGCUUGCUGCUGCAGAACCAGAUGACCCACAGGAUGCAGUUGUAGCAAACCAGUAUAAGCAGAACCCAGAAAUGUUUAAACAGACUGCAAGGCUGUGGUCCCACGUCUAUGCAGGCGCUCCAGUCUCCAGUCCUGAUUACACACGUAAAAUAGACAAACUCUGUGCCAUGGGUUUUGAUAAGAAUGCAGUAAUAGCGGCCUUGUCUUCAAAAUCAUGGGAUGUGGAAACGGCGACAGAGCUGCUUCUCAGCAACUAAAGCCCAGUCAGGUGUGAGGAUUCCAUACUCCCUUCAUCAGCUCCUCCCCGGCAUCAUUCCACCAUUGCCUUUGGUUACACAGUCAACACCCCAUUCACCACAGCAGUCUGAGCCUUCUUUUUUACAAGUUUGUUUGCUACAAACUCGACACCCGUAGCACCACAAUGGCCAAUAUGCACACCAUCCUGUUGCCUGUCUGAUUUCAUCACUGUUAAAUCUCAAAAUUAAGACCUAAAAACUGCAUCUUGUCUUCCAUGCCUCCAACUCAUGUUAGCUCUGAAACGUUUUCCACAAAUUUGUGUUCCUCGAUACUGCAACGAAUCAAAAACUGCCAUUUCCUGGUGGAUUUUCCAGGCUAAAAUGUAAAUUAAUUCCUUUAUACUGCUCUCACAGUACAUGCUCAUUUAGUCCUUUGGCAGACAGUUGGUUCUUUUAUAGACAUUUAAUACUGUAAAAGUCUAGCUGGAUUAAAUUUACUUGACUGGAUAGUGUUCUGCAUGAGCAGUGUAAUGGAGUUCUCCUAAGCUGUUUAAUAUAAAUGUUCGCCAUCUGCAGAGGUUUGGAUGUACAAAUUUUCUUUCUGUCUGUAGAAUUAAAAAACAAAUCAGACAUCCUCUAACAUCUGCACACAUGCACAGAACAACGACCUGUAAAUAGAUGCGUGUACAUUUGAAAAUACAACGGGGAUAUACUUUUUUUCGUACAUGGCAUUGUAAAACAAAUUAUUUUAAAUAUAAACUAUGCCUAGUUUACAAGUCUAUGGAAGAUCUAUCUUUUUAUGCUUUGUGACCCUUAAAGAAUUCCCCUGAAUGCGCAGUGUUUUCAUUUGAGAUUGCUGUUGAGCGGUGGCGCAGUCAGCUCCGAAGCCCGUUACAUGCCACCUUUUCUGCUGCACAACAGUCUAACCUUUUCUUGUAUCUUUUAUUGUCUUGCAUGUUCUAUGCUGCCUUUAUUUUAUUUGGCCAAAUGAUGUGGUGACCAGGUCUCGGUUAAGUUUAACAUCCCUUCAGACUUGGUGAAGAUUAGUCUGUGGAAGGAGACGCCUGGAGCCUCUGCUUGGCAAGUCACUGAAGCCCACCCGAGUGAAAUGUGUUGGGAACCAAAGCGCUUUCUGUUGAGCAUUUUGCUGGAUUCAUCUGAUGCACCUCAAGAAGACGCAUGUCCCCGGAUGUCAUUAAGGACUCCAGUUAAUAUUGCUGUGGUUUUGUUUACUAAUUUAAGAGGUACCAUAGGCAUGUUAUUUUUUUAUUUCAUGGAUACAUUUCUGAGGUGACUCUUCAUCAUUAUCAUUCAAUUCAGCAGUAGUCUUUCAAAACUUUGGCCAUUAUACACAUAUAACUGUGAUAUCCUAUAUUUUCAGAGAGGCUUUACUACACAGCUACAUAAAAUGAGGUUGUCUUUGAAUGAUGUCUUAAGAAGUAAAAGAGGCUGGAACUCCUAUUAUUCUAUAAAGCAGAAAUCCGGCCUGGACAGUGUUUACACACAGACUGUAAAGAAGUGCUUAGAUGUUGGGUGCUGAUGCAUCCUCAUACAUUGGCUUUUUUCCUUUUGUUUUGAUAAACUAUACUUUGCGCUUGCCCAGCAGCUCAGACCCUACCAACAAAGUGGCAUAUUGUAGUACAGGGAGUUAUUGUACAACCUUUGCUGAGAAGACAUUCAUAAGAGUUGAAAUCACUUGCCAUCUUUACCUGUAAAUAACGAGGCUCUUGUCCCAGCACCACUACAGCACACCAUUGAUGGCUGGAUUUAUAUUUUGUAGGAAAAUGAAAAGGACAAAAACAGGACUUAAACUCCUUUCCCCCAAAACCUCUGGUGUUCUCACUAUGUACAAUAUUGCACGAUAAUGAAGCAUAAAAACGGGGCUGUUGCAUCUCAGUUUCCAUUUGGAUUGAGACUUAAUUUUCUCUUGUUUCCAAGGAGGCAAGUGUCAACAGUAUAUAAAAGCAUGCUUAUUUAUUGUGACAGUGUCAUGUUUCUUUGAUUAAAAAAGUGGAAAAUAA